CUUGGUCCAAAGGGAGGAGGGCAGAGGACGGGGCGCGCGCUGAGGGGCUGUCGCUGUGACGUCGGUGCUCGGGCCGCACGGUGCGCUGGUUUGCAGCAGGGCCCAUCGGAGAGGCAGAGCUCGAGCCGCGGGAGGAGCCCGGAUGUGCCGGAGAACCGGGGGGCGCGAAGCAAGAUGGCGGAGAAACAGCUAACGGCCCAAGAGGAACGGUCAAUUGAAGAAUUUCUGGCUGAGCUGAAGAACCGGGAACAACCACAAUUGGUUUCAGUGCCUCCAAACACCGCUGUGAAAUUUUUAAUGGCUCGGAAGUUUGAUGUUUCCAGAGCAAUUGAUUUAUUUCAAGCAUAUAGGAACACACGACUAAAGGAAGGGAUAUACAACAUAAAUCCUGAUGAAGAGCCGUUGCGGUCAGAGCUGCUGAGUGGUAAAUUUACCGUUCUGCCUGGAAGGGAUGCAAAUGGAGCAGCUUUAGCUUUGUUCACUGCUAGACUACAUCGACCGGAUGUUACUACUCAUAAGGCAGUUCUGCAGGCUAUUAUCUAUCAGCUGGAUAAAGCCAUUGAGAGAGUGGAGACCCAACGAAAUGGACUCAUAUUCAUCUAUGACAUGAUAAAUUCCACUUACGGAAAUUUUGAUUAUGAGCUGUGCGUCAAGAUCCUAAACCUUUUAAAGGGUGCUUUUCCAGCGCGGCUGAAGUGCGUCUUUAUUGUUUCUUCUCCACUCUGGUUCAGAGCUCCAUUUGCUGUUUUGCGUCUCUUUGUCAGAGAGAAGUUACGUGAAAGGGUACGCACGUUAAAAGCCCAUGAACUGAUAAAUCACAUCCCGAAGGAUUCCUUGCCAGAACAUUUGGGAGGCACAUCGAAAAUAAGCCAUGUUGCUUGGAUCCAGGCAUGUGUCAAUUCCAGGCAAGGAGAAGAGAGUGGAGACUGCAUGGACCAUCUUUUCCUUAUAUACACUACAGAACAGAACCCUGUGAGUGAUAGACUUAAUUCUAACUGCACCCAGCAGAAUGUGACUGAUAACACUAGACUUCUACAUAAUAAUUACCAUGAAAACAGGACUAAAAGUUAUGCCGAGGCACAUAGAGUAGGUGGCUGUGUGCACUGGAAUGGUUCUGCAGUCAGCGGCAACUACGAGUGCUGUGACAAAGGCUCUAGUGCAAACACAAAUAGCCGUCGACCGCCACCUCAAUCAGAGACCCCUCCGGACACUCCAUUGUAUAAGCAGCCUGCUGACAAUCCCUCCAUCCCACCUUUACCCCAGAAAUCUCGACCAUUGCCUGUGGGCAUGGAGCCUUCUAUACACAUGCCAGAAGAAGGAGGGAUGACUCUACUUGGCUUGGUGCAACACGUCAAGCGCAUGAAAAAGAGAGGGAUUUUUCAAGAGUAUGAAGAAAUUCGGAAAGAGCCACCAGUUGGCUCUUUUGAUGUUUCAAAAAAGCCUUGCAAUCAAACAAAAAAUAGAUAUAGUGAUGUUCUGUGUUUGGAUCAAUCCAGAGUCAAGAUGGGGCUUAUUGGCACAGAUGAAACAACGGACUAUAUUAAUGCCAGUUUCAUGGAUGGCUAUAAAAGGAAAAAUGCAUAUAUUGCGACACAAGGUCCCUUGCCAAAAACAUUUGACGAUUUCUGGAGAAUGGUGUGGGAACAGCGGGUUUUAAUAAUUGUAAUGACAACAAGGGUAAUAGAAAGAGGUCGAAUAAAAUGUGGGCAAUAUUGGCCACUUGAAGUUGGAAGAAGUGAAGACUCUGGGCACUUCAUUAUUCGAAACAUUCAUAUAGAUCUCUUCCAAGAUUUUAAGCUUACUCACUUGGACUUGUACAAUAAACAGACAGAUGAAAGCCGAAGUGUUGCUCAUUACCAGUACAUGAGUUGGCCUGACUUUGGAGUGCCAAAAUCUGCAUCUGCCAUGUUGGAUUUCCGGGCCCAAGUGAAGCAGCAUCAGGCAAUGGCUGUGCAAUCUUUAGGGCCUGAGUGGACAGGACAUCCUGCAGGCCCACCAAUUGUGAUUCACUGUAGUGCAGGAAUUGGGAGGACAGGUACAUUUUGCACGUUGGAUAUUUGCUUGUCUAGACUUGAAAACAUUGGAACAGUGGACAUACAACAGACCGUGAAAAGGAUGAGAUCUCAGCGUGCAUUUAGUAUUCAAACAUGGGAUCAAUAUUACUUUUGUUACAUGGCAAUUAUUGAAUAUGCACAACGAAGAGACCUUCUUGAACCUGUGGAAUGGUCAGACACUGAGUUUGAGACAGACAGCGAGUGAUUAUUCCUUCUCUGUGGUACUCAGACAUGUAUAUUGGCUAUCCAUAACCAUUAUUUGGUUCAUUGUAAACCCAAUGGUGCUGGAUGGACCUGCUACAUUGCCUUGCAGUGGAUUGCAGGCCCCUUCAGAUGGCAAGGGAUUUCAGCUAAUGAAGCACUGGAAAGUGUCAUAAUUUAUUGUAGCAUGAAUGCAAUGGGAUAACUUGCACACAGUCUUCUAGACUUGAAGUUAACUGUACUUUUCUUCUUUGCUGUUGUCUGCAGAAAGAAUGAAGUAUGUGAAACGCGUCACAGACCCCUCUGUAAAGUGGGUAGUAUCUUGUAGAUUUGUUUAGUCCUUUUUAUGAUUUUUAUGUAAAUUGUAAUGUGCUCUAUAAAGAUUGCUUUGGAGGGGGAAUCAUAAGUCACCCGAUGUUACCAAGUAUAUUUCCAUGUUUCAGGAAACAUUGACACUCUUGUACAUUUCUGUAUAGCUAUCUGUUUAAACAAAAUACAAGUUUCAAGGUUGCAAGGAUAUGUAUUGAAGGUUAUGCGUUCAUGUCUAUGGUAAACACAAAUGAAUGGUUUUAAAAUGUUAUGCAAUCUUUUCCUAGUUUACCGUAAUCUUUUCUUCACUGAAAGGAUUAGGAAACAAAGGCCUUAAGCUAUGUUUGAUUGUGAUAUUAUUUUGGUUAAUAAGCUGGGUCAUGAAAGACAUGUCUGUGAGAAUUUUUUUUUUUUCUUUUGACCUGUCACUCUAUAUAGUGCAGGGUUUAGCAUUCAAUAAAACACUGCCUGCAUUGAUGUGCCUUUUUAAUGUAUGUGUAGCACAAUUAUCUAAAUUUAAAAAAAAUUGCCUGCAUUUAUCUUCUCAGGGGCCUUUUUUUUUUUUUUUUUUUUGCAUAGGAGCAAACUUUUCUUUUUCUGUCUCUUGUUCUAUACUUGACUACAUUGUUUUUAAUGUUUUGUGUUUUUAAUUUUAUCCAUCAAUACUGUAUUUUUUUCAUUUUUAAUUUAUAUAAUUAUGGUGUUUAUUCACUAAACUAGAAUGGACAGGGAAAUUGCAAAUCCGAGGUCAAAACAGCCAAGCGAGAGAAUAUCUAAGUAGCAAGUUCUUUCUUCACAAAAUAUUUUUUUAGGCAAUUUUGACUAGAUAUUUCCAGCUUCCUUGUGAAUUCUUGUUUAUAGGAGUAAAUUCCAUAUACAUUUCACGACGGUAUAAUUGUUUCUCCCCCCCUUUAUUUUUUUUUUUUGGUACGACUACAUGACAGUGGCAACAUAAAUAGCUACUGUAUUUAUAACUACUUAACAAAUGUUUAUGUAUGCUUUUAAAUUUAAAAAAAAUGCAUUUAUUUUGUUGCCAAAUUCAAAAUUAUAGGAUCUGUUGGUACCAAUAGAAAGCUUCUAGGUUGAACUUGUAUUACAAAUUAAAUAUUUCUUUAGUCUUCAUA